AUGCACAUCAACUACAUGAAGGUGCUCACGCGCUCACUUCACGGCGCGAACGGGCGACCACUGCCUCGCACUGGUACUCCGUCAGAACAACAAGAGAAUCUCUAUCUGGCGUGGUCGCAAGGCAAGCUUGCCACACUACGUAUAGUGGAGGAGCUCGAGGACUUAUCUGCAAAGGAGGCUGACUGGGUAGAAUCGCAUUCAGAUUCUGUAGGCAAGGAUGUCUAUACCGCUGAUAAAGCGCUGGAGCUGUACUGGUUCGAGACGACUGAGUGCCAGAACACACAGCAACGCAGUGCAAAGAAGAAGGCCCUCACGUUUGCCGACGACACGAAUUUUCUUCCAGGCCGACCGACCGAUUACUUUCUGCGAAAAUCACCUCGCUACGAGCCUGGAAAGUACACGAUGUUGGUCGGCGAGGACGACGAUGACGAUGACAUAUCUGAGGACUCAGAAGAUUACUCAGGUGUAAGAGUCUUCAUGCUUGGCGGCCCAGAAGUACCCUCGGAUCUUGACGACGUUCGGGUACCGGAGUUGGUGCACUCGGAUGAUUUAUUUGACAAUUUGGAGUUCGAUGAUGGGGACAGCGACUGGGAGGACAUCGACUCAGACGAAGAAGACGACUCGAACGAAGGAAGCUACAUCUGCUUCGAAGACGACAACGACAGCGAGUCCAACUUCAUCGUUUUCUCCAACGAUUGA